GAUGUGCAGAAGAUGUUGAUGUGAACAGCUGUGACGCACAACACAACUGCUGAAACUGACUACUUGUCUGUGUUAGCACACUGGUCGUGAAGACAGUAGCUUGAGAUAUGAUGAUGUUGGUGGGUAUAUUGAUGGUGGUGGUGAAUUUGUGGGUGAUGGUGGAUGGCAAGUGUGUGAUUGAUACCUCAGUCAACGAAUCUGAGAGGAUAAUACAAGAGAGAGACCUCGCCACUCUGGACCCCAUCCGUGGUGAAAGGUCAAACACAGGGAAAGAUCGGGAUGGAAACACAUACAGCUUCAUUGUUUGUGAAGAUCUUUAUGAUGAUAGUAAAAAUGUGAGCAUCAUCAAAACUAAUGGAAGUAAAGAUAGAAUUGUGCUUGGUUACAACAACAGAACUCUCGUCACAAAAGACAGAAACUGGCUGAUGCUGACAUUCCUUGGUGGACAAACUGAAAAGCAGUGUAACCAGACCCCAAGAGCAGCUCAUAUUUUGUUUGUGUGUGACAGUCAUGAAUACAAGGUGCAAAUUAGACAACUGAAUGAUUCUCAGAACACCUUAUUAUGUUCCUCAGUGUUCAUUGUGCGCCAUGCUUGUGUUUGUACGCCAGUGUUAGGUCUCAGUGCUGGUGCUGUUUUCUUCAUUUUACUUGUAGCAACCUUUGGUUCAUAUUUCACCUUUGGUUUCUUCUACUUACGCCUAGUUAAAGGUGCCAAAGGCAUAGAGCAGAUACCACAUCGAAAUUUUUGGUUCAAAGUUGGCAACAUUCUUGCUGAUGGAUGUGGUGCAGUGUUCCGUUGUGACCGCUACUGUGGAGAGCAGAAUGUCAAUACUAGAACUGGCAGUCUCACCAUGCCGUACCACACUGUGUAUGCCACUACGAUUCUUAAAUCUCUCAAACCAACCUUUGCUGGCUUUAAAUUCACUAACAUCAGCACUAGUUUAAGGCAUUUUCUUCAUUAGAUCAUCAUGCAACUGCCUUGCCUUUUCACAUAUUAUUGACUGAGAAACACUAUCUCCUGAUACUGUAAUUGUUUCUGGAUGAUCCACACCAAUAACAGUCUCUCCACAUCUUCGAGUAUUUGCGAUGUCUGUUUUGUAAGCAUACUUGCACCUUUCGCAACAACAGCUUCCUUGAUUGCCUUUUUGUUGGCCAAGAUAGUAGUGAUGGUUGAAUGGGGUUUGUUGUAUAACCUGGCCAACUCGAAGACACGCACUCCACUUUUGUACUUUGCGAUUAUCUCUUUCUUUAAUUCAAUAGUAUUUCUCACCCUUUUUACCACAAUUGGUACUAGAAGCUUUCUUUGGGCCCAUGGUGGCUUAUUUUAGCAGUUACAAGCACUAAAAAGAAUGGAAUAAUACAGAAUGUAUAGCAUGUACAUGUGGAAUCAUCUGGACUGGUACACUAGCUGAAGGCAGGGCAGCUCAGGCCGAGUGGGCAGGCGGGCACAUUCGGGACGAAUGCCCUUAACCAAAUUCUUGGACGUUAGCCGAGCCGCUAUCCAAUUUUGGCGUUAGCUGAUGCCACCGUUACCAGAGUCCACUGUAACUUAUGUAGCCUGUGAGAUCAGAAUAAGGUGCAAUGUACAUAUAUACACUUGUAUGCAACACAAUAACCACACAAACAUUAUUAUGAUUAUAUUGUUUACAAAACUUGCUUACACAAACCAACAAUACAAAAAAUUGUUUAUUACUAUUGUUCUAUAAUAUACAUACAAAUGUACAGUCACUGGACACUUUCCUAGAAGUGCUGCAUCUUGUGGAAUUCUUUGAACAUGGUGUUAUACAUUAAACGAGUCUCUCUGCUUGUUUAUUGGCAGGUUGUUGUGAUUGUGCAAGUUGUUGUUGUGGUUGUGCAGGUUGUUAUGGUUGUGCAGGUUGUUUUGGUUGUGCAUGUUGUUGUGGUUGUGGUUGUGCAGGUUGUUGUGGAGGUUAUUGUGGUGUGUGGGUGGUUGAAGCUGGCCUUUCUUGUGGAUGAGCUGAGUCAUGUACCCAGGCUGGUAGCCUGGGUACAUGACACAGCAUUACACCACUACCUGCUACAGCAUGUAUAUACCAUCCCAAUUGUAACAUUACCCAUACCUUCCUACCGUCCUUCCUUUCUACCUUCUUUCCUUCCUUCCUACCUUCCUUCCUGCCUUCCUUCCUGCCUUCCUUCUUCUUUCUUUCCUCUCAUCUCUUUCUUCCUUUCUUAAUUCAUUCAUUCCUUCCUUCCUUCCUUCUGGUAUCCUGGGCAUUGUUUUCAGUCAUAAACUCCGCAAAACCAUGAACUUCAUCUUCACUGACACUUCCAUCAAUGUUAGAGCUAUCACUUGGGAAGAGAAGAGUCCCAAAUUUGCCAGGGAGUCAGGUAUUUCUUACAGCUAGGCAUGCUCAACAAGGACUACUGAAAUGGCAUUCCCACAAUGCACCACUGGCUCCCCAAUUUUUUUUAUACUGCACACACUGACCAUGGAGACCCAUCCUUUCACAUGUGGGCUACCAGCUUUCUCCCGCUUGAUUUGAUUUGGCAUAUUGAUAUGUCAAAAACACUGGCUCAUAAGAUGUAUAUAUACAGCUGAAACAGUCAAAGGGCUAAAGUGCAGGCAUUGUAUUUCCCAUUUCCAGGACUCAAGUCCGGCUAACCGGUUUCCCUGAAUCCCUUCACAAGAUAUUACCCAGCUCACACUCCAACAGCUCGUCAGAUCCCAAAAACCAUUUGUCUCCAUUCACUCCUAUCUAACACAUAUUAUGUAGAUUUAACCUAGGCCUACCCAGUAAAGUGAAAUAAUGUGACUGUACAUAUGGCUAAAAAGGUUACAUAAACAGGGUAACUUGAAUGAAGGGAUUCAAGGAAACCAGUUAAGGAGAGUGUGGGUGUUGCAUUCAGAGGGCUAAGCUGAUAGCGUUGCCAUCAUACCUCUGGAAAGAGCAAUUCAGUGAAUGUGUUUGUGUCACCCUGCUCUUGUGGGAGAUAGCCAUUGAGUUAAAAAAUAAAAAUUUAUCUUGCCUUCAAUUCUGAUGGCUGCUACCACCUACCAGCACUAUGACCAAUCAUUACCUACCAACAUCAUCUUUCAUUACCUACCAGUACCAGCAUCAUCGCCUAUCACCAUCAAAUACUAUCACCUGUCAGCACCUAAGACCACCAUGUUUGGGAAGCUGGUUGUUAGUCUGUGUAUUCCUUAUCCACAGAGAAUGGGCAGUGUGUAAAGGAGAAAAUGGGGAGGGGCCCCUACUGGGUUAUGGUGGAUGGCUUUUAUUUUCUGCUCCUUAUAUACAUUGUUUUAUUUAGCUGUAAUAACCUCGAUGACAUUUUUUCAUCACACUGUAUCCUAGGUUACUCAUGUCAUAUGCUCUUAUGUUCUCAUUGUCUAAUUGAAUGCAUUGUUGAUUGCGUAAUGAAAGAUCCCAAGCAUGGAGGACAAUCAUGAGAGAGAGUUAUGGUACACAUCUAUAAACCAACUGUAUGGUUGUUUAAACCAAGUUAGGUCCCCCUUCCCUAAACAGUGGAGGUGCUGAGGAGGAAAAUCAUACGAAGGACCCAGCCACAUUUCCAAUUUUUUCCCAGAUGUAUGUCACAAACACUCAGACAAAAUAAAUAAAUAAAUAAAUAACAAAAAGGCAAUUGCAAUUUUAUAUUAUUUUUAUUAUUAACACAUCUUCCAUAUGAUAUAGCACGUAAUGAAAGUAGUUUAUUAGAUUAUGUAUUGGUGGAUAAAAGGUUGAUGGGUAGGCUCCAGGAUGUACAUGUUUAUAGAGGGGCAACUGAUAUAUCAGAUCAUUAUUUAGUUGUAGCUACAGUUAGAGUAAGAGGUAGAUAGGACAAGAGGAAAAUGACAACAAGAAGUAAGGAGGAGGUGAAAAUGUAUAAACUAAGGGAGGAGGAAGGUCGGGUGAGAUAUAAGCAACUAUUGGCGGAAAGGUGGGCUGGUGCAAGUAUGAGUAGUGAAGGGGUUGAAGAGAGUUGGAAUAGUUUUAAAAAUGCAGUAUUAGAAUGUGGGGCAGAAGUUUGUGGUUAUAGGAGGGUGGGUGCAGGAGGAAAGAGGAGUGAUUGGUGGAAUGAUGAAGUAAAGGGUGUGAUAAAAGAGAAAAAGGUAGCUUAUGAGAGGUUUUUAUAAAGCAGAAGUGUUAUACGAAGAGUAGAGUAUAUGGAGAGUAAAAGAAAGGUGAAGAGAGUGGUGAGAGAGUGCAAAAGGAGAGCAGAUGAUAGAGUAUGAGAGGCACUGUCAAGAAAUUUUAUUGAAAAUAAAAAAUUGUGGAGCGAGUUAAACAAGUUAAGAAAGCCUAGGGAACAAAUGGAUAUGUCAGUUAAAAACAGAGUAGGGGAGUUAGUAGAUGGGGAGAUGGAGGUAUUGGGUGGAUGGCGAGAAUAUUGUGAGGAACUUUUAAAUGUCGACGAAGAAAGGGAGGCUACAAUUUCAUGCACAGGCCAGGGAGGUAUACCAUCUUGUAGGAGUGAAGAAGAGCAGGAUGUGAGUGUGGGGGAGGUGCGUGAGGCAUUACGUAGAAUGAAAGGGGGUAAAGCAGCUGGAACUGAUUGGAUCAUGACAGAAAUGUUAAAAGCAGGGGGGGAUAUAGUGUUGGAGUGGUUGGUAUUUUUGUUUAAUAAAUGUAUGAAAGAGGGGAAGGUACCUAGGGAUUGGCAGAGAGCAUGUAUAGUCCCUUUAUAUAAAGGGAAGGGGAAAAAAAAAUUGUAAAAAUUAUAGAGUAAUAAGUUUACUGAGUAUACCAGGAAAAGUGUACAGUAGGGUUAUUAUUGAAAGAAUUGGAGUUAAGACAGAACGUAGGAUUGCGGAUGAGCAAGGAGGUUUUAGAGUGGGUAGGGGAUGUGUAGAUCAAGUGUUUACAUUGAAGCAUAUAUGUGAACAGUGUUUAGAUAAAGGUAAGGAAGGUUUUAUUGCAUUUAUGGAUUUAGAAAAGGCAUAUGAUAGCAUGGAUAGGGGAGCAAUGUGGCAGAUGUUACAAGUAUAUGGAAUAGGUGGUAAGUUACUAAAUGUUGUAAAA